CUCUCUCUCUCUGCCUCUCCAGUCCUCACCGUCACUCUCUCUCUCUGCCUCUCCAGUCUCCGCCUCUCCUCGCCGUCGUUUCCGCCCCUACCUUCCUCCAAAUCGCCGAUCGCGUUGAAAACCUCCUCCACGUGUAAUUGUUGAAGCUCUAAAGGUGGAUAGUCUGCAGAAACUUUGUUCAUCAUUGGAGCCUAUUCUCCGGAGAGUUUUGGGACGCACGCUGUGUCUCUCGCCCACAGCGAGCCUUUAACCAUCUUUCUUGCUUAGGUAAUUAGAGAGAGGAGAUAAUGGGAUUGCCAGAUGCACCAGGAGAUUUGUCAUCAGAAGUGGAUGUUGAUGCUUUUAGACGCCUCUUCCCUCUUCGUUUUUACGAGCGUCAUCUCACUGAAUCUAUAAGGCCAGAUGGCAGGCCACUUGGAAGAGCUAGAGAUACAACUAUAGCCCUUGGAGCUGUUGCAUCUGCUGAGGGUUCAGCAUUGGCAAAGAUUGGUUCAACUACAAUGUUGGCUGCUAUUAAAAUGGAAGUAAUGACUCCUUCCAUGGACUCACCAGACGAAGGCUGCAUAGCUAUCGAUUUCCACAUGCCUCCAAUUUGUUCUCCAAUUGUUAGACCUGGCAGGCCAGCUGAGAUAGCACCAGUUGUGUCAAAACAAUUGUCUGACACUAUUUCAAGUUCUGGCAUGAUCAACUUGAAAGAGUUAUCCUUGGUCAGUGGAAAAGCUGCUUGGAUGGCAUACUUGGACAUAUACUGUUUGGAUGCUGAUGGUGCUCUCUUCGAUGCUGCUUUACUAUCAGCUGUUGCUGCUUUUUCUCAUUUACAAAUACCUGCAGUUUCCCUAAAUGAUGAUGGUAAAAUAGUUGUUGUGUCUGAGGAAAAUGGAGGAAAGCUGGAAAAGGAUGCUGUUAAUAAAGAGAGGAUGAAACUGACGCUGAAAAGCAUUCCUUUCUCACUAACAUGCGUACUUCACAAGAAUUAUAUCUUGGCAGACCCCACUGCAGAGGAAGAGUCCAUCAUGGAAACUGUUGUUACUGUGGUUUUGGAUUCUUCAAGUCAACUUGUUUCUCUUUACAAGCCAGGUGGACCAGUUCUCGCCUAUACAUCUGCUAUCCAGGAUUGUGUUGCAUUGACAAGGCAAAGAAUGAAGGAACUACAAAAGAUUUUAGAUGAAGCCAAUUCUGGUAUGGAGGUUGAUUAGUGCAGUUAAUGAGUUUGGCUGUUCUCUUUCACAGCUAUAUUUAUGUAUUCUUUGUUUUCUGUAGUGACAUUGUUAAAUUUAUAAAAUUAAAAAAAAAAAAAAUUGAAAGGGGUCUUCAUUUAAAAAAAAAAAAUCUUGGCUGCACAAGUGGAAGAGUUUGUUCGUUGCAUUUUGAGAGAAAUUGUGUAACAUUUUUUUAUUCUCAAUGGUAAAUCAAAUGCGACUUUCAUAAAGAAGUCGACCUAUCACUUGUAAUAUCUCUUCCAUUCUACUCAGUUAAUUGCCAUUGACUUCCAUGUUAGAGUUAA